AUGUUUAUAAAUUCUCAAGCAUUAGAAUUUCAUAAUGGAACUCAUCACAAUCAGCAACAAGGUCAAUAUAAUUUUGAGCAAUAUCGUCAUGCUGGACAAUACAAUAAUCAUGGGCAAUAUAAUUAUUCUGGAGAAUAUAAUCAACAACUACAAUCAUAUCAAAAUAAUCGCUAUCAUCCAUAUCUUUUACAUCAACAACGAAAGAGAGAACUUCAUAGAACACAGCAGCAACAACUUGAUCAACAACAGGAACAACACAGUUUUCAUCAUCAACAGCAACAAUAUCAAACAUACCAACAACAAUACAAUAUUAAUGAACAACAGUCGCAAUAUCAAACAUAUCACCAUCAUCAGCAAAUGGAAAAUAUCGAAGGAAAUGAGCAGCAACAAUAUAACCAACAACAAUAUCAAACCUCUCAACAACAACAAAUGGACAAUCACGAAGGAAAUGAACAAAAUAUUCAACAACAGAUGUCUGAAAGAAAGAGGCAAUCAUAUGUCUUUAUGUUUUGCGAUUCGUGCAACAUAAAUGUCCGCAAAAAUCUGUGGUUUAAUCACUGUAGAACAAACUCUCACAAAGAAAAAAGUUGUACCGUUAUUGAUCCUAGAAUGGUAUUGAUAAAUAGUGGUUUUCAAAAUCGCAUUAAAACUUAUCAAUAUAAGUGCGAAGAAACUACAAUCAAUAUUGAUGAUUUCUUUUCGAAAUCUAAAGAUGCAAUAACAAAUAUGAUUCAACAUGCUGUGGAAUCCUAUAAACGCCAAGAUGUAAUUGUGGAGUAUCGUAAUUACGAUAAAAUUGAUUGGACAGGCAUGUUUUCUUUCUUCGAUGAAUAUGAUUUUGGUAAUGUUUUCAAUGCUGUAAAUGCUGAUCUGAAAUGUUUUCACAUUCUAACAUGUUAA